UCCGGUUCGGUCAUGUGAUCAAAACAGACGAUAUGGCGAUUCCAAGUUUCGUUUUGGCAGCGGGAUGGAUUCCCUUUGUUGUCAUUUUAGUGUGUAUCCUGAUAUUUUCUGCUUCAUAUAUUCGUUACUAUAUGAGCAAAUAUGACAGUGAAUUAUCAUCGACUUUGGCAGCCAUAUUUGCCCUGGCCAUAGCCCUGUUUACCACAGCUCUGAUUCCAGUUGAUAUUUUCCUGGUUUCGUACAUGAAAAAUUCAGAUGGAGAUUAUGAGGAUUGGGCCAAUAGUUCAUCGGUUCGUAAAGAAAUAGAAAAAUCAGUUCUCUAUGCUUAUCUCUCAUUAUAUUGCUUGGUGGCUUUCUGUAUUUUUAUACUCUUGCCAUUUAUUUAUUUCUUUUAUGAAGAAAAAGAUGAAGCUUCAACCUGUAAAUCGAGAUGUUGUACUGCAUUGAAAUAUCUGAUAGUUUUUAUCAUCUUCGCUGCUGUCCUGUGUUUUAUUGGAGCUUUUGUUCCAACUAAAUCCCUUCCUGCAACCAAUAGUACACAAUGGAAACAGAUAGAAGCUUUAAUAAAAGACAUGGGACAUAAUGGUGGUGAAGAUGCUAUAUCAUUUACUAUCAGUGUAUUAAGUUUGAUUGGAAUGUUCUCUUUAAUACUUUACACCGCAUAUGGGAUGUCAUCUCUUCCUAUUGGACUGAUUAGAGGUCGUCUAGAUGCCAAGAAAGAACGAAUGGAAGUACAAGGAAAAUGUGAAUCAACCGGGGAGGAAAUACGAAGAAAAAGGAAUAAGGGGCGUAAAAGAUUGACGAAGCAUGAGGAAACAUCGGUUAAGAAACUAGAAGAAUCAGAACAUCUGAUGGAGAGACGAUUACGCCAUCUUCUGGCUAAAGAGAACAGCUGCGUAAACAAAUGUCUGAAAGUUCUUCGACCGUUUGAGAUGAUUUUUGGAAUCUUGAUAUCUCUGAUUGGUCUAUUGGUGUUUGUUUCACUGCUGCUCAGCAAUAUUGAUAAAGCUAUACACAGUGGAGGAUAUAAAAUGGGUUAUGCUCUACCUAAACGCCAUCUACCCAAUCCUAUUGAUAUUGUACUCGUCUACAGUCAAAAAGUAUUUCCCCUGGAUUAUAUACUCAUGUGUGGUGUUGUUGUAUAUUUUGUAUUCUGUUCGAUGUCUGGUAUCAGAAGUAUGGGAAUCUGGUUCUUCUGGAUCAGGAUGUAUAAGAUUCGAGUAAGACGAACACGACCACAAGGUAUAUUAAUGUUGUGUAUGAUAUUAAUGUUAAUAAUACUGGCUAUUAACAUUAUGUUAUAUGAACUGACACCACAAUAUUCAUCAUUUGGAAGUCAACAUUACAGGAUUAAUUCAACAAGUCCUCUAGAACCAUGUACAACAGCCGUAUCUACAGAAUACUGUACAGCUACACAAAUGGUUGUUUUGUUGACCAGAUUCUUCUAUAAAAUGUCCUUCUUUGGUGCCGCCUAUUAUUUCGGUACUUGGAUAUUCCUGGGAGUGUUUUUGUUGGGUUUUAUCGUAGCUGUAAUUCGUGGACGUCGUUCAUCAAUCAGUGGUGACGUAGAAGACAGUGAUUUUGAAGAAAGCGAUGAAGAAUUAAUCAGUGGGUGAAUUGUUGACAACAACUGUUGAUUACAAACUUUUGUAUAUUUUUAUUGAGAUAACUUAUUUAUAUGUAUCGUUGUUGUUGUUGUAUAUGUAGGCCUAGUAAUGACUCUCACAAAAUGUAUCUUAUUGUAUCAUUCAACUGACUUGAGAAACCUAGUAGAAUCGGUCAGAUCUAUUUCACAUGCAGAUUUCGUCAUGGAUCACGAGAUGUAAACAGGGCUAGCGCUAACCCAAAACCUAGCCCUAAACCUAACUCACAAUCCUCGGCAACAAUCACGUGCCCUAACCCUGUUUAAAUCUUGUGACCUUGGGGAAAUCUGCAGGUGGACAUGUGAAAUAGAAAUAGAAAUAGUAAUUGUAUUCUAUAAGUAGGAUGAUCUACAAUCUGCACACAUAGAUCCAUCUACUUCAUACUUUGAGAAUAGAUCUCUGCCCUAAAUUGCCGACAUAUUCAAAAAAUUAGUAUAUUGUUUUGUAAUGUGGUUCUACUCCGUUUCACAUGUCAUACAUGCAAAGACUAAAUAAGCUUUUACAAUUUUAUUAAAUGGAAGCAGAAUAAAUACUAAACAAUAUUCCCGAAGUAUGCUUAUUGUUUUCGACUAAAAUCGUCGAUUUAGGACUUAAAAUGUCGGUCAACCAGUUUAGUGUCUGUUCUGAGCUAAUUGUAGAAAUGCAGCAUAAGUUUAGUAUGGGUGAUCCACAUAGGCUAACCUGUUCAUUCGGUAAAUAUGAUUACCUCGAGAGCUAAAUGACACUGAUCAGAUUUACUUUAUAAUAAGAUGCAUCAGACAAAAUCAAAACAUGGCAUCUAACUGACUACAUAUACAACCUCGCAAUAUGAGUUACAUACUUACAUGUGAUCAAAUAGUUCCUUAUAAAAUAUCUCUUUAACUUUUCCGUCAUUAGUCAAAAUAAUCUGAUAAUAAUUAUGAAAAGAGAUGAAUGUAUCUAUUUAUUUGUAGUUGAACUCUUUUUGUAAGUUGAUUUUGUUUUACAAACACAACUAUUUUGAAUACAUCAGUUAGGCAGUAUAACGAUUGCGUCAGUACUGCUAUAGUUUUCACAUUGGUUUAUUAUAGGAGCAUUAGGUAAGAUUAGAUAAAGAGCUCUCAGUUCUCACUAUAAUGGUUAAAAACUAGAUAAUGAAAGAGAAUAUGCUGAAAAUUUUAGUCAAAUUGCUUCACUCUGAACCUAGAUAUUGGCAAUUUAAUUUUAGGCUAGCCUUGAUCGUCAUUACUAUCAUUGUUACAAUAAUAAACAAAGUCUUGAAUAUCCAUUUAUAUGGUUAUUUCAUCCAUCACAAAAUGUAUUCAAAUCCACUAAAUUAUGUAACAUUUCCGACCUAAAUAAAGACCUGCAAUAGGCAGAUUUAGCUCUUGCAUAAUGUAUGUUUAAUAUCAACAUUAGUUAGCAAGUUUUGUUUUGCACGAAGUAUGCUUGAACAAUUUAAUAUAUUUAAGAUGUUUGUACUGUUGUUUGCACUGAAGAAUUACAGAAAAUAAAAGACAUUUAUGUAAUUAAAAAUGAUAUAAUCUUUGAAUGGCAUUUAUAUGGAUAACAAUCACUAUAUUAUAUACACACGACGUUUCAACAUUUUUGUGCUUGAUAACGACCAGUGAAUUCUUGUUGAAAAGUCGUGUGUAUAUAAUAUAGUGAUUGUUAUUCAUAGAACUGUGUUGUGUUGAAAUAAAAAUGAUUUGUAGGAAUCCAUUGUUGUUAAAGGUAGUAAUGGAUAUAUGUAAUCUGUGAUAAUAACAUGUUAAAUAAUAAUACAUUUGAUAGCCUUAAACACACAAAAUUGAAAGUUUUGACAGAAUAAUCCUUUGUUUGUAAGUUCUAUGCUUUUUUAAUAUAUAAUGUUUUUAAAAUUUGGUAUAUUUUCAUCUGUAAUUUUUUCAAAAUUAUUACUUUCUUACUUGUGAAAAACUCUUUUCUGCCAAAUUUAUUCAAAAUGCAAAUUGAAAAGGUACCUAUCUUAAAGGGAAUGGAAGAAUUCUUUGUUCCUGAAUUAUAGGUAUUUUCUUAAAAUAUUCAAUUAUUUAUAAAUUUUGUAUAUUUUCAAUCUGAUUAAAACACACGUCCUAUUUCGUUUCCAUUUUUAUCGUUCAAAAUAUCGUUUUACUUGUCUUUACUACACUAGGAUCUGGAAGAGUUGUUAUCAUUGACGUGUUCUGAAUGGUGUGAGGAAUCAGCCUAGGCGUGUUUUGCACGGAACUGUGGGUAAUUGACUAGUAACAUCAAUGCUGAUUGGUUAAUCAAAUGUCUGACGUCAUAGGGUCAAAAGCGGCUAGUAUGACCUCUGACGCGACCUAUCGCUACAACCGGUCAAAUCUUCAUGUAGUGUAAGCCAUCGAAAGUAUAUAAAAAAUGAAACGAAAUAUAGAUCUGUAUUUUAAUCCGAUUGGUAUAUUUUCAUCUGUACUUAAAUUUAUCAAACUUUUCUACUUCUGAAAUAACAUAUUCCUGUCAAAUUUAAUUGUGUAAAUAUAAUAUGUGUACUUUGUAAAUUAUAAGAUAUGUAAUGUGCAAAAUAGGAUAUAUGUAUUGUACAAGUUAUGAUAUAUGUAUUAUGCAAGUUAUGUAUUGUGUGUAUUUUAUACAUUGUGCAAGUUAUGAUGUAUGUAUUGUGUAUAUUAUAUACACUGUGCAUGUUAUGUGUAUUGUGUAUAUUAUAUAUAUUGUGCAAGUUAUGUGUAUUGUGUAUAUUAUAUACAUUGUGCAAGUUAUGUGUAUUGUGUAUAUAUAUUGAUGCAAGUAAUGAUUAAGUAAAUACUACUAGUAAACAAUAAACUAGCUUAUC